ACCCUCACUACUGAACCGCUUGGCAUCGGUUGCGCUCCGGAACUCAUCCGUUGUAACGAGAUAACAGACACAGUUAUGUGGGCGGGUUUGGUGCCAAACCUGGAGAUACUAAUAAUCAUGGAUUGCAUUAACAUAUCCGACGAAACAAUAGCCGCGAUUUGUCAAAUGUUGCCCAGUUUGAAAAAAUUACAAAUCCAGGCUUAUCACGUGACGGACACAUCUAUGGCAUAUUUUGGUAGUACAUUAGCCAGAGAGAAUUUACGCGUAUUAAUGCUACACCAUUGCUGGGAGUUAUCUAACCAGGGUGUUGCCAAUCUGGCACAUGGUUUGCCUAAUUUACACACACUCUCACUAUCGGGCUGUUCAAAAGUAUCGGACGAUGCGAUUGAAGUGAUCGCAGAGCAGAUCCGAGGGCUCCGGUAUUUGGACCUCUCGUGGUGUCCACGUGUUAGCGAUGCGGCCCUCGAAUACAUUGCCUGCGAUUUGUCCGACACUUUGACACACCUUAUACUCGAUCGUUGUCUACACAUCACAUGUAUAGGCAUGGGAUACGUGGCAACGAUGACCCGUCUCUGCCAUUUGUCUCUGCGAUGGUGUCCUCAGGUCCGGGAUUUUGGACUCCAGACCCUGUGUUCUAUGCGCUCAUUUAAAAGCCUGUCCAUCGCUGGGUGUCCGCAGUUGACAAUCGGCGGUCUCUCGUGUUUAGUACAAAUGCAAACAUUACAGGAACUCGAGUUGACUAACUGUCCGGCGGCUACCAAAGAGCUCAUCAACUAUUUGCGCGACAAGACAAAUGGCAGAGACGGGUCAUCGUUGCCACGUAUCCCAUGCCUAUGCAUGUCAUGUGUAGACAAAUGGCAGAGACGGGUCAUCGUUGCCACGUAUCCCAUGCCUAUGCAUGUCAUGUGUAGACAACUGUAA